AUGUCUGAUUUCUUAAUCAAAUCCACGCGGGACGCCAGCGCUGACACAAACGCCUCCGAGUGCUGCGCUGGAGGUUACCGAACGCAGCCGCCUCCCCCGCGCGGGGCCGAGGCGGGGGUUGUGGGAGCAGCGCUCCGGCAGGGACGGGGCCCUUCGGCGGCUGCCGGACCCGCUCCGGGGCCGUGUUUCGGUAAAGCGGGGGCGCCGCCGCGAGGCGGUGAUGUCGGUAAGCCUGGCGCCGGUAACCCCGGCCCGCGCCGCUCGCUGCCCCGGCCCCGCGCGGGCGGGAGCGCCGGGGGGCCGCCGCCCCCCCGGCCCCGCUUUGUUCGGCACCGGCCGCCCCCGCAGGCCCCGGAUGGCGCCGCAGACAAUACCGAGGGGCGGCCCCGCCGCGGGGGGUGGAGGCCGCGGCCCGGCGCCGCCUCAGGGGAGGGGGCGGCGCCCUCGAGCCCCCGCGGCGGUGCCGGCGGUGCGUGCCCGGGGCCGUCCCCCGCCUCUCACCUGCGGUGCGCAGAGGAGCCGCCGCUCCGCCGUGACCCGCCCGGACCCCACCGGACCCACCGGCCCCGCUCCGCUCCGCCCGGUCCGCGCUCGGCCCGGCCCGCCCCGCUCCGCCACACACCGCCGGACCUGACGUCACUUCCGCCAACGCCGGGGCCCGCCGGCUCCGCCCCCUCUCCCCCGGAAGCGGCGGCGGCAGGCACGCGCCAGGCCGCAGCAUCGGCGGGGGGGGGGGGCGCGCUGCACACCGGGACGCGUAGUCUUUCCCUUCCACCCCUCCCGGCGCGCGGCAUGCCGGGAGCUGUAGUCCCGCACGGCACCUGGCCGCCAUUUCGCGCGGCGGCGCGGGGCACGCCGGGAAGCGCAGUCCGGCGGGGCGGCCGCCAUCUUGUGGCAGCGGCGGUGAGGGGCGGGGGCCGAAGAUCCCCGGUGCUCACAGAGGGAUCGCCGAGCGCCGCGGGGCUCUCGGAGGGGGAUGCGAACACUCCCCGCUAG